AAAUCAAACUAUUCAAAUUUAGUAAAUUGAAGUAAAAUUAUUCGUGACUUAUAAUGAGUCGAAUUCAAAUUUAGAAAAAUUUAUGUCAAAUGUUUAAUUCUUAACAAAUCAAGCCAUGGAUUCAACUCACUAAUUUCUAAUCUAAUUAUUGCACUGGGACUCUGUGGAGCUAAACCCCUCAACACAACCACAGUAAAUUUGUGGGAAGAGUGAGGAGAAGAAAAAAAGAAUGAAGGCGUUAGGAUGGUGGCUGAUAGUGGUUGGGACUCUUCGAUUAGCCUCCGUCUGGUUCGGUUUCUUCGACAUUUGGGCACUUCGACUCGCCGUCUUCUCUCAAACUGCCAUGACUGAAGUUCAUGGACGCACAUUUGGAACGUGGACACUGUUGACCUGCACCCUCUGCUAUAUCUGUGCAUUCAACCUUGAUAAUAAACCUAUUUACCUUGCUACUUUAUUGUCAUUCGUCUAUGCGUUUGGUCAUUUCGUGACCGAAUACCUAAUUUAUCAAACAAUGGCGAUUUCGAAUCUCACUACAGUCGGCAUAUUUGCAGGAACGUCAAUAGUAUGGAUGCUAUUGCAAUGGAAUGCACACCUGAAAGUUCACUCGAAGCCUUCUAAUAGAAAGCAUUAGCAAGCAAAAUGUCAUGAGAUGAACAUGUGAUGUGUUUGGUUCUACAUUAGACUCUGUGCAUGUUUGAAUUUACAGUGAGUCUCACACAAUCAGAGUCAUUGUCAUUAUGCAAAAACUCUAGAGUGUAACUUUUACAAAACUUCGGUUGCAAAUAUGUGAUACCAAACACCCAGUCUGUUAGGAAAUCAAAGAGAUGUGUCUCUAAUACCUCAGCGAUGUCCAUUUACUUCACUUUAAGAGUAACUUCAAUUCGGUAAAACUUUUGUAUAAAGUCAGUAGGUUUAUCCAUUCAAAAAACAGUUCAUUUGUGGAUUGGCAUGAACAAUGAGAUACCCAGUAUUAAGAAUUGAGCGAUUUAUUAAAAUAAGCACUUUGUGGAGUAGUGUUUCAAUGAUCA